UUCAACGAUUUUGACUUCUACUUCAUGAUUGCUUGGGUUGAUGAAGUAUUGCCUUACUGUGUAGUACUAUUUACAUAAUCACUGAUCUGAGGCCUAUACUUUAGAUCAGAAAAAGGUAGUAAAAUUAUUUAUCUAGCUGAAAAAGAUGAUGAGUGUUCAUUGGCUAUGGUCUUGGCUGCAGUUUGCUACUUCCUUCAAGAUUUGUUUUUGACGAAGAAGAGAAAAGGAUUGCCUCCAGGUCCAAAAGGGCUUCCGGUUAUAGGAAAUCUGCAUCUGUUAGGCAAGAAUCCUCACCAAGAUUUGGAGAAAUUGGCCAGAAAACAUGGCCCUAUAAUGUACAUGCGUUUUGGUUAUGUCCCAGCGAUCAUUGUCUCAUCUCCUGAAGCAGCUGAAAAGUUUCUCAAGACUAACGAUCAAGUUUUUGCCAGUAGACCUUAUCAUGAAGCAUCUUGGUACAUCGCGUAUGAGCAGAGAAACUUGACUUUCGGCCAAUAUGGUCCUUAUUGGCGAAACAUGCGUAAGCUUUGCGUUUUACAGCUGCUCAGUAGCCACAAGAUCAAUUCAUUUCUGCCAAUGAGAGGAGAAGAGGUGGGAAAAUUGGUCAAAUCACUAAAACUGGCUGCUUCAGACGGUGCUUCUGUGGAUCUUAGUGCAGCGAUUUCAUCCUUAGGUGCAAAUAUGAGUUGCUUGAUGAUAUUUGGAAAGAAGUAUAUGGACAAGGAUUUUGAUGAUCGGGGGUUUAGAGAGGUCAUUCAAGAAUCAUUGCGUGUUGCAGCGCUGCCUAACCUCGGUGAUUAUUUUCCCCUGCUUGGUGUGCUUGAUCUUCAGGGACUUACUCGUCGAUUCAAGGCUCUGGCUAAGGUGUUUGAUAACUUUUUUGAUAAAAUCAUUGAUGAGCAUCUUGAAUCCAAGGAGCACAAGCAAACCAAGGACUUCGUAGACAUCAUGAUGGGAAUUAUUCAAUCCGGAACAUCUGAAUUCGAUUUUGAUCGCCGUCAUGUCAAAGCUAUCUUGUUGGAUAUGCUUCUCGCCUCAAUGGACAGUUCUGCGACAGCAGUUGAAUGGGCCAUGUCAGAACUCCUCAGGCAUCCUGAGGCUAUGCAGAAACUCCAGAAAGAAUUGCAAGAAAAAGUCGGAUUCGAGAGGAUUGUGGAGGAAUCAGAUCUUGAAGGCCUAGAGUAUUUGGACAUGGUUGUAAAAGAAUCCAUGAGGCUUCAUCCUGUGGGACCACUAAUGCUUCCCCACGAGUCAAUGGAAGAUUGCAAGAUUGAUGACUUCCACAUUCAGAAAAAUACGCGAAUCAUCAUAAACGUGUAUGCAAUCGGCCGCGAUCCAAGUGUCUGGCCUGAUCCUGAGAUCUUCGUCCCUGAAAGAUUCAGGGAUAGUAACAUCGACCUUCGAGGACAAGAUUUCCGACUAAUACCAUUUGGUUCAGGCAGAAGAAGUUGCCCAGGUAUGCAGUUGGGGCUCACUGUUGUUCGUUUUCUGCUGGCACAAUUGGUGCAUUGUUUCAAUUGGGAACUUGCAGAUAACAUUAAGCCAAGUGACUUGGAUAUGUCUGAGGUUUUUGGUUUUGUAACUUCCAGAGCUACGCAUCUAAGGGUUAUUCCUACCUACCGAUUAGCUAAAUGAAUCAGGAUUAUCAAGUUUACUUUUUGCUUCUGGAAACGUUGACAGAGAUGUAUUACCAUAUACUGAAGUCGUACUUCCAUUGAUGAUUUGUCUGCACUCUAGCAUCUUGUUUGACAUAUUGCUACUUGCUGUCUAUCCAUUCUUAAAACAAAAAUUGUCAGUUCAUCAUUUU